ACAAAGCUUUGCACUACGAUUCAUAAUCCGAGUUGGAGAAGACGUCAUUGAAACUAGAAGGCAUCUCGUGACUGCGAGUACACAUAUGCGCGUUGUUCAGAGUUAUCUUAAGGAAUGUUUGCCAGUUUUUAAAGAAACUCGUUAUCCCAAAUGGAGGGUGUGGUGGUGUUAUAUAUAACAUUAGCCCUUAUUGUUAACAUUAUAAGGGGGAAAAUACCACCACCGAACGUAUGUGGUUCAUUUUACCAUCAUAGACCAGAGUUUGAUAACAAACUUCUCAGCAAUGGAUUGCUUGAGAUCUUUUACCCUGGGAUGGGGUUCAAGUGGACGGAAUGCUUCACCAAGUGUUUUUACCACUCCAAGUGCAAUGUGGUUCUGCUGAACAGAAACAAUAACCAGUGCAAACUGUUUGACAACAACGACAAGGACCUUUCUAAUGCUAGUCCGGAUCCAGGCUCUCAGUACUGGGCAGCUGACUGUGAGUUCUACAAAGUACCCAACUCAGAUGCGUCGAGAGCGACUGGAUGUUCCAGCAUAGCGACGCCUGUAACGGACCCAAACUUCAUCAACAGCGUGUGUUACACAGGAGGAAGCUGGCUCACCAGGACGAUGUGUGGACAGACUCUGUGGGUAGAACCGACACAAACAGUUUUCAAGAUACCAUCUCCAUUGGUAACUGGUGUCACCAUUGAAGUCAUUGGAUCCCGACUUGUAGAGACGCCGAUCUAUCUCAUGUUAAAAGAUCCUAGUGAAACGAAGGUGGCUAGUUUGCUGUGGACGAACACAAACUGGGGGGGCUUCUCUAUCUAUAUAGAUGAUGAGGAACAAACUGGUGAUGAUGGGUCUUUCUCAAUACCCAGCCAAGAGGAAUUCACCUUGGUUGUCACUAUCACCAGCACCAAGUUCGAGGGAAUGCUGAACGGCGUCAGUUUCUACAGUGGCGAGAGACUCCUGCCCCUGGAAACUUACAAAUCGCUUCAUUCAGAUGGCUACCACUAUGUCAGGAAAAUACACAUUAUGUACCCUUAAUAUGGUACAGCAAAUGGUCGGUUGGUUGGUUUGUUGUUUAACGCCGCACUCAGCAAUAUUCCAGCUAUAUGAUGGCAGUCUGUAAAUAAUCGAGUCUGGACCAGACAAUCCAGUGAUUAAUAUCACGUG